CUCCAUGGACGCCAGCAUCGAGCCGUCCGUUCGCUCCAAGGCCAAUCCAAGCAUCGUCCUUGUUGACCCGCUUGUGAGGGCAAAGCAGCAGGUGCGAGCACUGCCACCCCCGCCUCCGCCUCGGCGUCUACCUGACAACAAAGGUAUCGGCGCGCGGGCGGCAGCUGUUGUUGCAUCCGGCUGGACCGGCUCCGCGAACACCUCCGUCACGCCUACUUCUCCGGCUGAAGCUGAGUCCUGGGAGGAAUCAAGUUAUUAUUUGGCUGUUCGUUGGGCGCGUUUGAAUGUAUAUGUUGUACAACAUUGGGUGCAUUUGAGUGUAUAUACUGUCUAAAAAGUGAGUAUUUAUGCCCAUGUAAUGCCCCUGUUUAUUGAGGGCUCAAUUGUUUUGUUGUAGAAACUAUAGAUGGAUGCAUAUGUUUAACUUCAUUCUUGCUGUCCUAAUCUCAGUAUACUUGCCAUACAAAUAUUUAGU